CAGUUCAACAAUUGCCAAGUAUCUUCUACGAAGAAAUCAACUCAACGACUCAUCAUGUUCACCAAAGUAUUCGUCGCUGCUGCUCUUAUUUGCUGUAUAAUUAGUCAGAUAAAUUCUUUGCCAAUACAAGACGACGGUUAUAGCAAACCUCCAUCGUAUCAAGAAAAAGGGCCACUUGAAAUGGAAAUGAUUUCACCCGAUGGAUCAGAAAAAAUAUUGACACCCUCCGAAAUACUUUCUCUCUCACCUCAACUACCAUCAAAUGCCAAAAAAGUAAUUCUAUACAAAUUAAUUGAUAAAAGUGGAAACUCUUACUUAUUGUCUGACCAUCAAAUCGAACGCUUACUCAAUUUCGAUGUGAUCGCAAUAAUAUCAGGUGAUGAUUCCACGAUAUUAAAACGCCCUGGUUUUGGUCAUUUAUUCGUUAUUCUCCAAAAAGAUGGUACGUUGAAGUCAUUCAUAUACAAUUUGACACUUCAAGACGCAGUAAAACAGUUACCUGACAAUUAUCCAUUUAAUUACGCAACAUCAAAGCAUGCCUACCAUACAGGGUUCCAAAAUUAAUUAAUUCUUGAAAAAAAAGAAUAAUCAUGAUUUUGGAACAUGUAUCAGAAUUGAAACAUAUCAUAGAUUUAUGUCAAAUAUUUAAAUCUCAAUUUUACUAUAAUAUAUAUUGAAAAUAAUAAUAUGAAAUAUUGUAAUAUUUUAUUGUUCGAAAAAGAAAUAAAAAAUUAAUGUU